AGGCACACUCUUUCGUCGAGGCAUUUGUUCUCCCUGGUUGCAGAGAUCCUUCUCACUUCUCAGUUCAGAGACGCGUCCCAAAAUGAGAUCUUGCAAAGGGGGCCGGCGACGAGUUGCUCCCUGCGAUUGUUUUUCUAACGGCGAGUAGAGAGUUGCGGUGUGUCUCUCUGAGGCUGUGUCUCCGCUCCAUCGGCGUUGCUGUUUGCGGCAGAAAUUUCAGAGCGGCAUUGUAAGGCUUUUGUCGGGGUUUAUCGAUUAAUAUGUUGCAUGCUGAUAUAUACAGGAUAUAACUUGAAUUAGUUCCAAUGAUUCAGGAGUUAGUUUCUGGAUGGUUGAUAAUUUACCUUCUGGUCACCACGCCAUCGGAGUCUUCUGGGAUUGAAGAUUUUAGUUGUCAACUCUCUUCACUGCAUAUCGGUGCUUGCCAGUUUGCUCUUGCUGCACUUAAGCAAGUUGAUGAAGCUAGGAGUCUAAGAGAUGGAUCUCAUGUGCGUCGCACACUUGAUGAGUCAGUGGUUACUAUCAAGGGGCGGUUGUGGUCAAAUGUUUUUAAGUUUACUUCAGACCUGAAUCACUUCCAUGAUGCAUAUUGUACAAUAAUCUCAAAUCCGGAUGGAGAGAGCAAGCAGAUCUGCCUCCUGCGUUCCAUUAUAGUACUUUAUGAGCUCAGAGCAAUGAAGGGGAUGGAUGUGUGUGCAGAGUCACAAGGAUGUCGAAGGGUCUCUGUUCGAUGUGAAGAGAAAUGUACAGCUGCGGUUUCAGCUUAUUGUGAUGAAUCGACGCAAUACAGGUGAAAUUUGGUGAAUACUUGAGAGGAGUCCUAGAAGCUGUCCUACUCAAAUGUUUGGUAGACAUGGCAAGUAUUACAGUUCUCUAUUCCAGGAUGUUGAUUCUUCUGUGCUACUUGUGUUGUCCAUUUAAUAUGUCCUUUGAAGCUUUGGAAGUUCUGAUGGUAUCCCAACUGUGAUGCAACCCCGCAAACCGUGAAUUUUGAUGGCAGUAAUACCUUGGGUUGGGUGAUUAGUAAUGAGCUGAAGCUGAUCAUCUAUUGAUUACAUAUGUAUCCUCAUGAAUUCUAUCCACCUGAUGUUUCGAAGUUGUAUGUUGAGAUCAGUUGCCUUCACAAACUCAAAAAUUCUGAUCCAAUUUAGUUGUG